ACCAAAUACUGAGUGACCCUAGUCUACAUAUGGACCAGUAAUACUUGCUAAUCCAACAAAAAGAAAUAAUAAAACGAAUCAAGUACAAGAUAACCCGUUAUUGUUCGUGAAAAUUGAGGACUUGGGUUGUUCUCAUUUUUUGAAUUGAUCGAUUGUGAAUUAAAGCAAAUCAAAGACAUCCCAAUUUUGUUUGUCAAAUACAGGGACUUGUGUCGUUUAUUGUUUGCGAUUUGACAAGUUGUACUUUGCAUGGCCACGAUUCUUCUAUAGAAGAUCGAAAGCUCUGUUUUUGUAGUAUUGGAGGGUCAAUUCUCAGACUAGAGGCUCAUAUUCGAUUAUUCUUCUUUAUUCAAUCUAGAGGCUGCAAAGAGAGCUUGUAACUGUCAAGUGUAAUAUAUUAUAUGAGAUGGCUGUAUUCUAUUCUUAGUCUGUUUUCAUCUUCACAGACUUGCAAUUUCAGCAAUACCAAAUAAAAGGAGAUACACAAGUUCUUUCUAUAGUGUUUAAGCUAUUGCUCUGGUGGCGAUUCUUCGUUUCUUUGAAGGUUUUCUUUCCUUGCCUGAAUUGCAUUUUUUUUUGAAUUAUCACAACUCAUCAACUCAAUUAAAGUGGAAAAUUUUUACUGAAGAUUAAACUCUUCCGGCAAUGGUGAAUUCUUACAAGUCAUCUAAUUGAAUUAGCCAGCUUACAAUAGGGACAUGGUUAUGAGGAACUCUUCUUAUCAACCGUGCAUCAAGGUAUCAUUACCUUGGCUUGAUUUGAGGGUUUUUUAUGUUAGAUUUAGCAAAUGCAAGAUUGGUGAUUCCUCUCCUGAGUACCUCACACUAAAUCAUAUUCCACUUGAUCAUGAUACGCUUCUUGAAGUUAAUGGUGUUAGAACUAGCAUAUAUUCUGACGGGGUGUCAACCCUUCUUAGAAGGGAUCGAUUAGAUAAGAAGUCUGAAGAAGCUACAUUUGUGAGCACUGAUAGUAUCAGGAUGACAGGAAGUGUGAAGUUUGAAGUCUUUGAUAAGGAUGUUCUUGUGUUAUCAGGGGUUUUAGAAUUGUGUAAUCACAAUGGUUUUGUUGGAGAAUCAGAUAAUCAAGGCCAGGGAUGGAGCAUUGAUUGUGCAUCAGAUACUACCGUGGAAACUGGCUUCUUUAAGGAGAAGCUGAUGCUGGGGCCAGACUUGGCUUCACCUACAAUUGAGGUCUACAUUGCAGGGUCCUUUUUGAGCACUCCAAUUAUCUUAACAAAGACUUUGCAGCUUAGUCAUCGGAGAAGGCAUACGAGGAAGGGCAUGUUGGAUUUGAUACCUGAAUAUGAGGUGACUGAAAACCCAAAAGAUGUUCCUUACAGGCUUAAUUUGCAUAUGUCAAAAUUCCUGAAGCACAAACCAGAAAAUGAAUACUACAAUAACCCCUACUUUGGAUCAACAUAUUUUGAAGGUGAAGAUGGAGAGAUUACAUGGUUCAAUGCUGGUGUAAGAGUGGGUGUCGGGAUUGGCCUUAGUGUUUGUCUUGGAAUUGGAAUUGGAGUGGGCUUGCUGGUUCGAACAUACCAAGGCACCACCAGAAACUUUAGAAGGCGACCACUGUAAUCCACACUUUCCCUGUUUCCCUUCUAGCCUAAUGCCGUCCAUUCAACACCCCAUGAAACAAAUUAAGGGAACUUAGUGGUACUUCUGACGUGUUCCAGUUGACAAUAUGGAGGGGCUUAUGGCUUUUGCAAUCAAGUGAAGGAAUGUAUGAGUUCAAGCUUUUCUUGGUUUCUGCUGGGGCUAAGCCUUGCAUCUGAUAUAAAAGGUUCAUUUAUUUCAAAUGUACAACCAUAAAUUCAGGAAAUCUUUCAGCAUCUCUCACUUGAUUUUGUAGGGAACGUUAGUGCGUUGAGAUCCUUAUGUAGCUAGUGUUGUCUGGCGUGGCCUUCUAUAUCUGUGAAGUUCUUUUGUUUUCUAAGGUGUUGAUAGCAGUGUAAUUUUGAGUAACGGAAAGAAAUGUAGAUCCCCUUUACAGGUCAUGAAUAAUUUGUGUUCUUACUUAUUUUGUUGGUUUUUUUCUUGAUGGACUAUAUUGUCAUCAUUCUAAUUUGAACUGUUUA